AUGAAACCGUCACACGAGUCAUGGAAGACCAUGCUCAAGCCCCAAAAUCACACUGUCAAGCUCUGGACUGACGAUGACACCUUCAAAUUCAUCAGAUACAUGGGAUAUCCUCACAAUAUCCAACUUGCUCACAUUGCCAGAUUGCUUUUCGUCCAUACCAAAGGCGGCAUCUACGCAGACCUAGAUGCUUACCCCAGGUCAGCCAAGCACACACAAUGCCUUCAAUAUCUUGGGUUGCAAGGAAUAUUCUCCCCGGAGGCCCACGAGGCGAAGCGGCAGGGGGGGGGUCGGCUGACGUCGCGAUGA